AUGGCUGGUUUCUUUGAUUAUGAACACGCGCAUCCGUUUGACCUUGCCAAUUAUGACGAUCACUCAGUCGAAUAUAGUGGUAUUGACUUUGCCUUGCUCCAGCCUUUAGCUGGGUCCUCCGCUCUCGAAGUGUCGGAUGGACAGGCUGGUCAAGUCUUUAUGAACCCGCGUAUCGCUUAUGUUAGCGAUCAAUCGCCGUCGCACCCGGCCAUGGAUGCACACGCUUUGCACGUGAACGAGCGUCAGGAACAGUACGAUCUUUGUGGAUUCAAGUUGAUGCGCUGCUCAAAGGACAUAGGAUACCGCUUCGACCGAAAGCCAUCAGGACCAUACCUCUCCAACCACACAGGACUAUACCUCUCCAACCAUACCGGACUUCCCCACGCAUAUACCCUCUACCAGACCGGACACACCCCAAGAUCUGCGCUGCCUUCUUCAUAA